AUGGCACCAAGACAAGCAGAGCCUAUUCAUCUAGAGGGCACCACACUAGAAGGAGGAGGUCAGCUCUUACGAAUUGCUCUUGGUCUUUCCAGUCUUACCGCAAAACCCGUCAGAAUCACCAAUAUUCGGGGCAGGCGCUCUGGCGGCGGUGGUCUGAAGGCGCAGCACUUGACUUCCCUGUCAUGGCUGGGGCAAGCCAGCAACGCGCGUAUCAGUGGUGCAGGUCUUAAAAGCAAGGAGAUUACGUUUGCACCUAACCGACUACCUCCAACACACUCCAAAAUUGUAGCGGAGCAUAUCUCGAUCAGUCAGAGUACGCCAGGAAGCAUCAACCUCGUGUUUCAGGCAGUGCUGCCACAUCUACUCUUCUCUGGUGCGCAAGGACCGAUCCAUCUACGCGUCAUGGGCGGAACCAAUGUAUCAACCUCGCCAUCAUACGACUACGUGGAACAAGUCCUCCUACCAAUGCUCUCUAUAAUUGGCAUACCAACAAUCAGAGUCACAUGCAACGCCCGUGGUUGGUCAACGGGAAGCACGCGCAUAGGAAGCGCGACGUUCACAAUCACACCUCUCACGACUGCCCUUCCAGCAUUCCAGCUGACAGAGAGAGGAAGUAUCACAAGCGUACGAGCCACGAUCAUAGCGCCAAAGGAUACUGAGGAGGACUUCCGUGAUAUCCUUGAUCUUAUGUUUGAAAGGCGCCUCUCGCGUAUUUUCGGCGACGCAAAGGAUCCAGCAAUCGAAAUCACGUUUGAAGACUCAGGCCAUGAGAAACGAUACUACCUUCUCCUCGUAGUGACAACCUCUACAGGCCUGAAGCUUGGCCGCGACUGGCUGUACGAUGGCGGCGUUCGCAAUGGGAAAACCGGACAUAUCAUACCAAACAUCGUAAGGAAAGUUUCAGAUGAUCUGCUUGCUGAGAUAGAGCACGGAGGCUGCGUGGACGAGUGGAUGAGGGACCAGUUGGUGACAUUCCAGUCGCUCGCGCAGGGGACAAGCCGUGUCGAUGGUGGGAGAAAGGAGGGUAGGUUGUUAGAACCAAGUCUGCAUACAAAAACAGCGAUGUGGGUCGCGCAGAAGAUGGUGGAUGCAGAGUUUGACGAGACAGGAGGCUGCAAAGGUGUGGCGCUUGAGCCGGGAGGUAGGCAAGGCGGGAAUAUCCUAACAGAGGGUAUUGAGACGCUGCAACUGACCGAAUGA